CUCCGUUCAAAAAUACUCCAAGGACGGAGUAGUUUGGAGUAUUAAACAUGGAGGGCAUAAACUCCAUGGAAGUGGAGAUGAAUGUGGUGGAAUCAGAGAUGGAAGGGAGAAACGACUCCAUAGAAGAGGAGGGUGAAGGGCUGAUAAGAAGCAAUAAUGUGGAGGUGGAUCCAGGCACACUAGUCAUCCAAGUGAUUCAAAGUAAGCUGAUGGGGUUGCCGAAAUUACUCACCCAAUCGGGCCGAGUUAGAUUCCAAAGUUGCAUUUUCCGGGUACCACAGCAAUUGUUGGGCACCAAUUCGGAAGCGGACGCGCGUCCGUAUCAGCCUCGCGCAUUCUCAAUCGGUCCAUACCACCACGGGAAGCCGCAUCUGAAGGAGAUGCAGGAGUACAAGUUGAGGUUCCUGAAGAGACUGAUACAGAGGACGAUGAAGAAAAAAGGUGUGGGUUUGGCACAGUACGUAGAUGCUGUCAAAGGAUUAGAAGAAGAGGCCAGAGAUCUGUAUUCUGAGUUUAUCCAUCUCAGCAGCGCUGAGUUUGUUGAGAUGUUGGUUCUUGAUGGCUGCUUUGUGGUCGAAAUCCUUCGGGCAAGUAAGCCGGGGUAUUUUAAAUUGGAUGAGUCCGACAAUCCAUUGUUGUCAAUAACGCAAUUCAUACUUCGUAAUUGCCACCAUGACUUGUACUGCCUGGAGAACCAAAUACCAUACAUUGUGCUCCAGACAUUGUUCACACUUACUGAAACAGAGGAUGAUGAUUGUUAUACGUUCCCCGCGGGCUGCCUCGAUUCUUUGGCCAACUUGGCCAUCGACUUCUUCAGGGGCAUAGAAGACGGGGAGGAAGUGGACGCGGAGGAGCUACAACGCGAUUAUCGAGACCAACAUCUACUCAAUUUACUGCGGAAAAAUUAUUCCCUUCCGGUGGUUCCUCCCGGCAAAGCCACAAGGGCGUCAUGUUUGCCUAGGCAAACAAACACGUGGGACAUCAAGAGCAUCUCGAAGCUUCGGCGAGCCGGAAUCAAGCUGAAGGCGCAGGAUGUGAUGCGUAGUUUAGUGGAUGUGAGAUUCGAGCGGGGAGUGAUCUGGAUGCCGCUGCUAGUGUUGGACGACAAGAUGUGCGACAUCUUGCUGAACUGUGUGGCGUUCGAGAUAUGUGCAGAAUCCUUCAAGAGGGAUGGCCGUGUCAUGUCCGACUACGCAUGGUUUCUGUUCUGCCUCAUAAAGACCGACGAGGACGUGGCCAUUCUGUGCGAGGCCGAGGUCUUGCAGAACCAUCUUGGGAUGGCAGGUGAGGUCACCGCCUUUGUGGCCAGGCUCGGCAUGGCCGCGCUGUCCAAUAAUGGAGGGUGUCGCACCGAUUACUUUCGGGAACUGUAUGGUGACGUGAACAUCUACUACGACAACAAUGUGCACAUUUAUUUGGCCGAAGGCAAGCACAAAUACUUCAGCUCCCCUUGGUCCCUCAUCUCACUCUUGGCUGCCAUUUUUCUCCUCCUCCUCACCGUCCUCCAGACCAUUGUAGCCAUUUUGGAUUUAAAGAAAAAGUCGUAGACAAUCAAUAACUUCCCAGUCCAACUGCAAUUUUAUUUCGCCCAGCAUCCUUUUCGAUCUUAGACUACCCAUAAACUCAAAUAUGUAGUAUGCUUUCAAUGAAUAACAGACCACCCCAUCCGCAUCAGUCGUGUUUUUGUAAUUUGUCUAAUGUUUAGAUCUAUUUCAUACGGACUACUUUGUUCUCCCAAAUAUCUUUUUCUCUACAUUGUUUAGAUCUAAUGUUUGAAUCUCGCCCCUGCCACCUAUAAAUGUUUAAUGUAUUCACUAGUGGAAAAACGUUAAACUGCGGCGCG